GAACGGAGUUCUGACCAAUGGCAGCGCAGGACAGGGGGUUGCCAUGGCAACCCCCCGUUCUGCCCGCCCCUGGAUGUCAAGGGGCUCUGGAAAGAAGAUGGAGGCCGUACCUGCAGGAGAAGAUGCCUGGGGACCUGGGAUCUUCGCUGGAGCCUGCAGGAUCCUGAUCAGGCACAAUGAAGAGUUUUCUAGCAUUGCUUGUGGCGCUGAGCACUGUUUUGUCAGUGUAUGCAAGUGAACAGCUUUGUGAGGGAUCCGUCGACUGUAACUGCGACCUCUCUAAAUAUAAUUCAUCAGUGACACCACCAAAUCCGACUGUAAACUGUUCAAAUGGAGAGAUGACAAUUUAUAUUUCAAAAUGCCAACUGCAAAAGAACCUGUUUAACACCUCAAAUUUGGCAUUGAAUAACCUCACUGGUUCUGAAUGUGCAAGCAGAGAUUACUUGGUAGAUGGAGAAGUUCAAGUAGGCUUCCACAAUCCAAUGAACACUGCAAAAUGUGGAAACACUCUCCUUGUAAAUGACACUCAUAUCAUAUAUUCCAAUAUCCUGCAUAUUUAUGCUGAGCAACGAACUAUCAUUACUAGAAAUAACGCUUCCGUGAACUUGAGCUGUGCCUACCCCUUGUCAUUUCCAGUUUCACUUAAUGUAACCUUAAAACCUUUAACAGGGACUACGGACUUAUCAGUGCCAGGUGUAACUGGAAGUUUUCCAAUAACUAUGGCAGCGUUUACAGAUAGUUCCUUUACAGUCCCAGUUACGGCAGACACUGUGCUAUUUGUGGAACAAGUCAUUUAUAUUCAAGUGUGGAUACCAAACCUGCAAGCAGACAGUUUUGCUGUUAAAGUGAUAAGAUUAUAUGCCACCCCAGGUGGAUCUACCCCCCAGGAUGGGUUACUAUUUAAUCUAACAAGUGGAACAGAUGGGUGCCCAGACCCUACUUAUGGUGACCAGAUUUCUGUACUUCAAAAUGGAAAUGGAUCUCUAACAAGAUUUGCAUUGAAAGUCUUCAAGAUCACUGGUCAAGACUUGUUAAAUCUCUAUGCAGAUGUUACGAUCUGCACUUCUGCUUGUGAAGUGAAUUGUAAUAAAAAAGAUCUUGGAUCAUCUGCACCAAAAUAUGCGGCAACUGUGAGGCUGCCUCUAGAGGCUCAAAGCGACCCCACUUCUGGAGCCACCGACCGCUUCUCCCUGUCAUGGACCUUGGUAUCACUCAUCUCUUCGCUGCUCUUUGCGAAGCUUAUGUAAAGAAUUUCCCCACAUAUCUCUAUAGACGUAAUACAGGAGAAAUCUGCUAAACCAAACAAGACAAGUAGAAUUGUUUUUAACAAAUUCCUUUAAUUUUAAUAUUUACUAUUUCUACAUUACUUGAAGGGGAACUUUGGUGGAAACAAGUGGAACAUUUUUUUUUUUUUUCAAAUCAACUCGUGCCAG